ACGAACACGGAUUAUACUUUACUUAUUUAUCACCACGUUUAUUUUUUACGGAUUGAUUGGAUUCAAAAAAUGGAAAGGAGCGAAAGGAGCUUCACGCAGUGGCGUAAUUCUUCCAUCUUUCCAUCUUCUUAUCAAAUCGAAGGCAAUUCUGUGAUAAUCUCCGACAGCGAGGACGAGAUUAGUAAUUCAAGGGAGAACGAUAAAUCGGACAAACAAAUAAUCGUUGACGAAAGCAUAGAGAUCGAGGAUAACGCCAAUAUUUCUAUCGAAGAUACCACACCGAGGAAGAAUUAUAAAGAUAGUGAAGCUGAUAGUACACCUGUUGUCCAUCCGAACAUAAAUAAAAAUACAAGAAGAUAUGUGUUGGACUCUGAUUCUGACAGUGAUUAUGAACAGAUAGAUGAUCAUGAAAAUGAUGACGCAUAUCAUACGAUUAAUGAUUUUAACAAUUCAACAAAAAGUUCUCAUGAAAAUUGUAAUGAAGAAUAUUACAGUGACUUCAAUUCUGAUGCAGAUUCUGGUCUUUUUUCUUCACGAAUUAAAAAGAGUAAAAAAAGAAAAGAUGUUACUCAUGGUAAUACCAGAGAAGAUAUAAAAGAAUUAAAACUUAAUUCUUCUAAUGAUUCUCUAAUUAACAAGAAUUUAAGUGACUGUAAGGAAUCAUAUAAACAAAAUAAUACUCAUCAGACAUGGAAAGUGGCAGACACGGAAAACAAAGAAAUUGAUGUACCUGUUACCAAUGAGCUUGAUUCAGAUUCUGCUUCUGGACAAAACAACGAUGCUGAAUUUGCAGUAUCUAUUGCAAAAGAAGAAAUUGGUAUUGGAAAUGUGGAUCUAGUGGCGCAGGAAAGAGCAUUUACGGUUUACAAAUUAGAGCAGCUUAAAAAUGAGUCAACCCAGAUGAAGCAACUACUCACUGAAGGAAAUAUCGACAUAUUGCCUGAUCAAGGACAAAAAUUGCAAAAAUGCAUACAUCAGCAAGAAGAAGAAAUAAAGAGCUUGACACGUAAAUUGGAAGAUACCUCUUUGGCGUCACUUUUCAACAGUCGAGAUACCGUAGAAAAAUCACAUUUCAUGAAAGAAUCACAGUUUUCUGAAGAUGAGCUAGAUUCCAAGUACACCGAUUAUUCAUAUUUGGUUGCUGAGUAUAUACCAGUAAAACCUAUCACAUCUUCUGAAUCAAGACAACUUGGUUUAAAAGCACAAGCAACAAAAGAUAAGGAAUUUGCUUUAACGGUUGAACGAUUACAAGAUCUGCACGGAUCUCUAGUAGCUCGGCCAUCAGAGAAAGAAAAAGCAGAAGACCCAAAGGGGUUGAAAGUACAGUUAAUGCCGCAUCAACAGCAUGCUCUCGCAUGGCUUCUGUGGAGAGAACAGCAAAGACCAUCCGGUGGCGUUUUAGCUGAUGAUAUGGGUUUGGGGAAAACACUAACUAUGAUAGCUUUGAUUUUGACCACUCUUGCUAAAGAUUCUGAUGAAAGUGAUGAUAAUGAUGCCACAUGGAAGAGAUCUUCACGUAUGUAAAAGUUUUAUAGAAUUUAUAAUAUGAACAAGUUCUUGCUUUUCUGUAAGUUUGAAAAUAUUUGCUUUUUUAACUUUAAUUUAUUUAAAUUGUGAUACUAUAUUCAGGAUAAAUUAUGACAAUUUUUAUAUAAAAAAUGUACUUAUUAUAAUAAAUCUAUUAACAAUACUCCUAAACAAUUGGCAAGAAAAGAUAUAGUCAUCACGACAUAUAAUAUAGUAUCUCGAGAAUAUAAAACCAAUUCUACAUUAUAUAAGAUCGAUUGGAAAAGAGUUAUACUCGAUGAAGCACAUACAAUAAGAAAUCACAAAAGUCAAGCAUCGGAAGCAGUAUGUGGACUUAUUGCGAGUAAACGAUGGGCUCUUACCGGCACACCCAUACAGAAUAAGGAGUUAGAUUUAUACUCCUUACUAAAAUUUCUUAAAUGCUCUCCUUUUGACGAUUUAGGCGUUUGGAGGCGAUGGGUAGAUAAUAAAAACGCUGCGGGCCAUCAAAGAUUGGCGACGGUAAUGAAGACGUUAAUGUUACGGAGAACUAAACAAGAAUUGAUGUCGAAGGGCGAGUUGGAAAGUUUACCCGAUAAAUCCAUUGAGGAGGUGGUAGUGCAACUCGAUCAACAGGAACAAUUGGUUUAUGAAAAAAUGUUAGCAUAUUCCCGCACUCUAUUUGCACAAUUUUUAGCUCAACGUGCAGAGAAAGAACAUAUGUUAGAUUUGUACAGUGGCAAAUACGAUAAACCUUCCUUUUUGUCAAACCCAAACAAGGAGACUCAGUUCACGAAAGCACAAAAAAAAUUAUUGGCGUUACACGCCGAUGUAAAGACGCACGAAAUCUUAGUACUUCUGCUACGACUGCGUCAAAUAUGUUGUCAUCCGGCAUUGAUCCACGCAAUGCUGGAUCAGGAAGACUUGCAACAAAGCGGUAUAAUGGAUAUAGAAAACGUGGAUUCCAAUUUAUUAUCGCGCGCGCAUAAUAUGUCACUUACUGGAGUUGAUAAUGAAGAAGAGGAAAACGCUGGCGUUGAUCAAAGAAUAAUGGAAAAUUUACUUACCGCCGAAAAUCCGGUGUUUGCUGAUGAUCGUAUUAGUUCUAAAAUGAAAAUGCUACUUAAUACUGUUAAAGAAAUUUUGCAAAAAAAUGGUGAUAAACUUAUUAUCGUUUCGCAAUGGACAAUAUUGCUGGAAGUCAUCGCAUCACAUUUACCCUCAGUAAAAGGGGCUACUUUUAGCAAAUUUACAGGAAAUGUUCCUAUUAAAGAUCGACAGGGUAUAAUGGAAUCUUUUAACAGUCGAAAAUCUGGUCCGAGAAUUCUAUUAUUGUCACUGACUGCUGGCGGAGUAGGAUUAAACUUGGUAGGCGGCAAUCAUUUGUUGUUAUUCGACAUUCAUUGGAAUCCACAAUUAGAAACACAAGCGCAGGACAGGAUUUAUCGUUUUGGUCAAACAAAGAAUGUUUAUAUUUACAAAUUUAUCUGUGUUAAUACAAUAGAAGAGCGUAUUAAAGCGUUGCAAGAACGGAAACUUCAGAUAGCAAAAAAUGUAUUGAGUGGUAGUACAAGCAGGGUAGAUGGAAAACUUACGCUGAAUGAUCUCAAAUCUUUAUUCGGCUUCUAA